CCAAGACGUGUUUGAAGAGUGAGAAGAAAGGACAGUGUUCAGUUCGGGAAUAACAAAAAAGCUAGGGUUUCGCAAAGUGCGAUCAAGCAAGGAAUCAAUCAGUGUAGCGAUGGCGAUGGCUGCUGCUCUGCGACGCGAAGGGAAGCGUUUGGCUAUGUCCCCUCUCAUCCCCAUUCGAUCCACUCUCAUCUCUCAAGACCAAGCCCCCGAUGGAGUGCGUUCUAUUUCAACUCAAAUAGUGAGGAACCGGAUGAAGAGUGUGAAGAAUAUUCAGAAAAUUACCAAGGCAAUGAAAAUGGUUGCUGCUUCAAAGCUGCGAGCUGUUCAAACUAGAGCUGAAAAGUCGCGUGGCUUGUGGCAGCCAUUUACUGCUCUUCUUGGCGACGCUCCCAGUGUUGAUGUAAAGAAGAAUGUCGUCGUUACGAUUUCUUCGGACAAAGGUCUUUGUGGUGGAAUCAAUUCCACGUCCGUCAAGAUAAGCAGGGUCCUGCACAAGUUGAAUUCUGGGCCUGAUAAAGAGACAAAGUAUGUUAUAUUGGGAGAGAAGGCUAAGGCUCAAUUGAUCCGUGACUCAAAGAAAGACAUUGAGGUCAGCAUAACUGAGUUGCAGAAAAAUCCUCUGAAUUAUACUCAGGUGUCUGUCCUGGCUGAUGACAUUCUAAAGAAUGUGGAGUAUGAUGCACUAAGGAUUGUUUUCAACAAAUUUCAUUCCGUAGUACAAUUUAUGCCAACAGUGUCAACUAUUCUAUCUCCAGAGAUUGUUGAGAGAGAGGCUGAAUCUGGAGGAAGGCUUGGGGAACUAGAUUCCUAUGAGAUUGAAGGUGGCGAGACAAAAUCAGAAGUUCUUCAGAAUCUGGCUGAGUUCCAGUUUUCUUGUGUCAUGUUCAAUGCUGUGUUGGAGAAUGCUUGCAGUGAGCAAGGAGCAAGGAUGUCUGCCAUGGACAGCUCUAGCAGGAAUGCUGGGGACAUGCUUGAUCGUCUCACCCUCACUUAUAACAGAACUCGUCAAGCGUCAAUCACCACUGAAUUGAUUGAGAUUAUCUCUGGAGCUUCAGCUCUUGAAGGUUAAUUGCAGAAGACCAAUCUGUAUCAUAUUCAACAAUGGCGAAAUUAAGAUAAUAUCGGUGGGUUCUUUUGAAAUUGCUGGUGCAACAUUUUUUUUUUUUUCAAUCGUACCUUCUACCGUGUAAUAAUUGUUCCAAGAUGAAAUCCAUUUUGGGUUGGCUGACCA